AUGUACUGUGGAUCGGCUGCUUAUGAUUCUGCAUGGGUCGCCACUAUUCAAUUCAUUGGUGUACUAAUUGGUGCAAUUACUUAUGGUCAUUUGGGAGAUCAUUUUGGAAGAAAACCCGUCUCUUUUGUUGGGAUAUCUAUUGGAAUUACGUUUGGAGUGGCUUCAGGUUUCGCGCCUACUUGGCAAGUUUUCGCCGCUUUUCGAUUCAUCGUUGGAACCUCUAUAGCCUCCAUUCUAAUCGUUUUCUAUGCGUAUAUUCUGGAAUUCAUCGAACCCGAGCAAAGAGUGUUUUUGAGAUCGUUUUUUAAUUGGGGUUACGCUCGUCUCGUCUUCACCCUGGCCUGUUUCAUUUGUGGUUAUUGGAGAUCUGCUGCGAUUGUCACGUCUCUACUAUCCCUUCCUAUUCUCCCGAUCCUUUUGAUUCUUCCCGAAUCUCCGAAAUGGUACGCCACAAAAAAACGAUUCCGUGAGAUGAAAAAUGCCGAAAAACGUGUCGCCUGGCUGUCAGGAAUACCGUAUGACACGGAUGAGAAAAUUCUGGAAUUUGAAAAUUCUGAAAAAUCUGAAAAAGACACAAAAAUCUACACAAUGCGAGAUUUGUUCACUUCUUGGCCGAUAGCCUACCGUACCAUUGUAGUAGGCUCACUUUGGUUUUCUACGAGCUUAUCCGCGUUUGGAUCCGAUUUGAAUUCUGGAAACCUGGCUGGAAAUUUCUAUUUGAGUCAGUUUGUGUCCGGUGGAGUCACAGCGUUUGCGAAGAUUUUCGUGUUCCUCCUGGACACCUACGUCCCAUCGUUCGAUCGUCGACGCCUUCAUCAGUAUCCACAAAUUGCUAUGAUUAUUUGUUACGCUGCAAUUAUGGCACUUAUGAUACUUCCAGAAUCUGAUUGCAAUAGUCAAGGAUCGAGGGAUUUGGCGAUAAUCAUCAUCAAUAUCAUUGGCGUCUCGUUCAUCGAGAUCACUUGGGAUGCUUGUUAUCUGGUAGCCGUGGAGUGUUUUCCAACGAAAAUUCGGACAAUUGGCAUUGGAACAUGCUCUCUGUUGGCUCGAACUGGUGCUCUUUUGGCACCACAAAUGGCAUACUUAUCCGAUAUCUAUCGUCCAAUUCCAUAUGCAAUUGUGUGCUCAAUUGGCAUUUUUUCACUUUUGAUCUCUUGUUUCUUUCUCCCCGACACGAAAGGUGUCGAUUUGGCCGCAUUGGAUCCUACUGUAGAAUUGGAUUAUAAUCGAAGGAAAAGUGUAACGGAGAAUAUUGGGAUUCAGAGAAGACUAACUGGAGCAGUUACGGUGGCUCCGCGAGCAACUAUUGGGGAGGAUGCAUAA